AUCACAAUUCACCAGAUAUCUUCAACGAUUUGUCGGUAAUUUCAUUUGAAAGAACCGUCGAAGCGGAAAAGGACUUUUGGAACGACGCAGAAGAACCAAUUUACGAAAAAUACGAUUUAGAAUUGGUACAAAAUGGCAUCGAAGAGCUCUAAUUUACUACGAGGUCUCCUCCAUGAGUUGCGCUUAAGUAGCCCCGAUGGAAAUAUCAAGAAUUCCGGAAUGGCCAAGUACAUGAUCGAACAGUUUCGCAAGUAUCAGACGACAGAUAUGCAAUUGUGCAAGGCUAAAGACGAAAUGCAGUUCCUGGGCAACACGUACUUGACCUACUUACGAAGUCUCCGGCAACACAAAGCCAUCAAUGCCGAAUAUAAGGGUCGCGGCGAGAGAAGUAUCAAAGAUACGGCCGAUUUGGUGGGCUUUAAAUUGCCUCAUGACAAAAAACCCUGAAUAAAAACCGAUUUUUAGAAUACUA